CGUGCAUCCGUGUAACCUUGACUUGCUUUUUGCUGUUUGCUUCCCCUCUCCAGAACUUCACUGCCAUCGAGGAAUUACCACAGCCAGCAGUGAACAACAUAGUAGCAGAUUUCGCGGCGCACAUCUAGAAAUCUGCCUUCACUUUGUUUACGAACGCAUGAACAGCCAUGGAUCAAGAUGCCAACCCUGCCGGAUGGACGGCCCAUGGGCAAUACCCAUGGAGAAAUGCCACUCUUGAAGAUCUUCCAAAUGAAAUGCAACUUGAAGUAAAGCUCUUCGAGACACAGGAUCGCGUACGCGUAAAAGCCAUGCAGACACAAGAGCGCCUACGCGCAGAAGCCAUGCAACGACGAGACGCUUUCGAUACGAUGAUGCAGCAGAAGAGGACUCAAUUUGAGCAGGAUGAACAAAAGAGGCAGGCGGAAUUCGAAGCUAAGGAGCAAAGAAGCAAAGCGAAUGACAUGCACAAACUCUUACGUCAAUUUUGGUCCAAAGGUAUCACCAUAACUCGAGAACGAGUCGUCCCUGCCUAUACCUUUCCGAGAUUCUGUGACUUACCGCCUGAGAUCCAAGAGAAAAUCUGGUCGAUCGCAGCACGCACACGAGAGCCUCGCAUAUUGCAGCUUGAAAAUUGGGGAUGGGAGGAUUGCAAUGAAGGGUCAAGUCGGAUAACAUAUGAUCUGGGAUGGAACGGGGCCGAACCUGUGCCCGCCGUUCUCCACGUCUGCAGCACAUCUCGAAAGGUUGCCCUUAAGGUGUACUCCUUAUUGCACACGCGGGACCCAAAAGACAGAAAGUCUUCCAACUACCGGUACUUCGCUACACCUUAUGACCAAUUCUACAUUGGUGGUACGUGGUUUGCGAACAAGAUUCUCGUGGAUAUGAUGAUACAAAAAACCACCCCUCGGCCCACAUUGUUUCCAAAUUUCCAGAGAGCACUCGACAGACUACAAAGCAUCAAGCACAUUAUUGUUAAGCUCGCAAUUUUUUCAGCUGUUACUCUGGUGUUAUGGGCAGAUUUUCGCAACCUCGAAAGCUUGACAAUCUCAAUAUACUAUAUUGAUAUCAACAAUCCCAGAAUGCCUCCACUCCCCCUAGUUUUUGCUAGGCCAAAACCAGGAACACGAUAUGCUAGGCGCACUGAAAGUCUUCGCCAGAAGGCACUCUCCUCAUUGGAGACAAUCAAGAGAAAUCAAUGCAGGGCGUGGCUGGUCCCGAAAGUAGAGGUUGUGGUUGAGUUCGCGAGUGCCGAAGCAGUUAAGGACAUGGAGAAAAAUGAAACCGAUCAAGAAGAGGGGCCGUCAGGUGAAAACUACUUGAAAUAGGAUCAAAAAUGGAGAGAUCAGAUGAUGCUCAACGCCUCGGAAGAUCAAUUGAACAGAAUGAAAACAAGGCAUCACAUUGUGGAAAAUUGGGGUCUUGAGGGGCUGGAAGAUCAAAAGGCGAUGCUUUAAGUUGUCGACAGUGAGACGGAACCAUUGCGAAACAUCUGAUUAUUGAUUAU